AUGGCGACUUCCUCCUACACCGAUAGAAAAGGUACAUCGCAGCUACGCGAACACACACCCUUGUCCUUACACAGCUGACGCCCACCUACUAAUUUCCCUCUCAGCCGAAGCACUCCAGGCCGCCCGAACGCUCCGCACCUUAAAGUUCGCUUGUUCCUGUGAGCUCGCCUCGACAUUGGCAAGCAAUAAACGACGCCUAUUAGCCAGAGAACGUGCGAUAAUUCGUCCGAAUGAUCCUCAAUCCCAAUUCGAGCUGCCUCCGAAGCGAAGGGAAUCGAUCGGACCUAUUCGAACGACGUGUACAUCCGCGCCAUACGAUCGAAAACCUCUUCAAGCACCCGCCGAAUUGAAACCAUCCGUUCUUGAACAUGCUCCAUCGACUCCCUCUUCUCUAGGUCCGGUCCGCACUCAAUCAAAGUCGAAUCGGACCGUCGAAGGGGUAGUUCAUGUCGGGCGACAAGUGUAUAUCGUCGAACGAGCGACCAAGGUGACCAUCUCGACCGUGAGGAGGGUCGUGAGUGUACCUCCUGUUGGGACGAGAGAGUGGGAGGUGUUGAAACCUUAUUUGGUGCCGAGGAGGCAGGAAAAGGGUGACGGGAUGACGGGCACAGGGGAAGGUGCGAUAAAGACUGAGGUCAAGGUCGAGGGGGAGUGCGAGAUGAAGGACAGGACAGGGGUCGAGAGGGAUGCAAAGGUGAGGUUGGGGACCCUGCACAGGCGCGCUGCUCAGGCUGCGCACCCUUUCAUGUAACACGAGCUCACCCUGCCCCCCUCUCUUUGGCUUUAGAACUCCACCCCCAUGCCCAUUUCAAGCCCCUCUCACCUCACCUUCCGCUUCCCUGACCCCUCCGCCCACACACAAAGACAACACUGGACCCGCGCACCUCCUCUUCACGCGCCGACGCCGCUUCGUCGCUCCUCUCUCGCCUCAGCCUACGAACGUUUCCUCCGCGAAACAAUCCCGAUCCCUCGCGAUUUCCAGCAGCAUAGGACAAAUCCCUCCGUCGCUCAACGUGCCCCUUUGUGCUGGAGGAGGGGUAAGCGUAUUCGGCCUUUGACUUUGUUCUGA